AUGAGCUCCCCCUCAAGUUCAUCAGCACUGGAACCAGCACCACCUCUCUUGCAGGAGCUGAAGGUUCUGUUGAAGUACUGUCCACAGCCAAGGACAAUUGGGUGCCAGAGUCGUGAACCUGAGGAGGUGAAGGUGAGCACUGAGAGGUUGGAAGUUAGAAUCGGUGGGCGGAGAGAAGAGAAUGUGUCACUGGAUGAUGGGCGGUCGUUGCAGGCUGCAUGGAUUCGCCAAGACAUGGAACAUCAAGAGGAGGAGGAUGAUGCAAAUUCCAAUGAUUCCGCUACAUGGGAAGAGCAAAGUUUUGAAGUUGUUGAAGCAAAGUCAAAUAGGCGGAAGAGCAAGGGUGAAUUGUCGUCACCAUCAAGGGUGCUGGAUGCUGAGGAUAGCCGAAGAUCUGGCUUUGUAGAUAUGUUAUUAUUAUUGAAUAUAUAUGCAGAUACAAUUCCUUGGUCUGAAAUAGAAGAUUAUUCUGCUGGUGGCAUAUCUGUAGAUUCUGGGAAAUACUGA